AUGAAGGCCUUCUCGAGUUCUGUUAUUAACAAAUCGGGCAAAAAGUUCGCCCCCAAGGCGCCUCCCCGCCGCGGCGCGCCGGGUGCGCCUGCUAGGCGGCCCAGCGCAACUCAGCAGGUCCAGGCGCAAACUGCACAAGCUGUUCAGCAUGAGCGAGAGGCGAUAGGACCUGUUGCGUCCCCUGCGAUCUCAUCUGCGGAGCCGGAGCAAUCGGCGAUCACCGAAUCAACCCCGCUCGUCGCGUCCUCGCAGGAAAAGACCCAACCUCCGGCCACCUCGAAGUCGGCCACAGCCAUUCCAAUCCCUCGCCCAAAACCUAGAGCUUCUGCGACACACAAAUCGACCAUUACUCCUAUACCCGCUCCAGAUAUCUCCCGAUCCCCCCGAACUUCGGCCACCGAGCCUCAAAUCGAAUCUGGAAUAGUUCCUUCCAUCGAAGAGGAUGCCGAGCCAUCCACGCGCCGUGGUGCACCCCCAGCACCUACACACACCUCUGAUGCUACCUUGAAUGAACAGCCUUCUCCCCGCUCGAGUGCUACCCAACCCGUUGCUGCUCCGCCUGCGCCCUCCUUCAGGACAAUUGAAUAUCAGCCGAAUCGACCACCAGUCCCGGACAUUUCCAAGCCACGCCAAAGACGUCGCUCUCAUAUCAGCAUUGCUGCUACUACAGUUGAUGGAACCGAAGCCCCGGGCGUUUCUGUGACGCCGUCAACACCAGACCCGAGUCAAGCAGGUGCCAAGGGCAAAAGGCGACAGCGGUCGGAGGCCGAUGGAGCGGGCAAACCAAAGCGACCUCGUCGCCGAAAGCGCGAGCCUACACCGGAAGACGCUGAAACGGUAGAAAUCGUGCCGAAUGUUGUCAAAAUGUCAGAUCUCUGCAAAGACUUGAAGACUGGACGGAAGUCGAAGCGUGAGGUCGAAUUACGGCGACUAGAAGUUGAGGAAUUGGAGCAUAAAUUGAAGGCUCAGGAAGAAGGCUCAAACAAUGCAACUCCCAAGAAGAGCAAAGAAGCUGAGGCCGAGGCGGCUCGGAAGGAGAGGGAACAACUUCUCGAACCCAAGGGCCCAGCAGCGGGCCCUGUCAUGCGCAUCGUCAAUGGAGAGAUUGUUCUUGAUGCUACGUCACUUGAGGUGGAUCGCCAUGCUGAUGCAGCACGGAACGCAGGCGAACUGGAAGACGUGGUGGAAAAUCAACUCACCCGCAAGGUCAACCAGUCUACAUAUGGCAAACGCUCUAAGACUGAGAGCUGGGACGAUGAGAUGACGGAUCUGUUCUACCGCGGCUUGCGCAUGUUUGGCACAGACUUCGGGAUUAUCAGCAACCUAUUCCCUGGCCGCUCCCGUCGCCAGAUCAAGCUGAAGUUCAACAGUGAGGAGCGCAAGUAUCCGGAGCGCAUUAGAGAUACGCUUCUGGGUCCUCGCGAAGUCAUCGAUGCCGAUUCCUACUCCGCACUGACAAACCAAACCCUUGACGAUCCGAAGAUUGUCCAGAAGGAACUGGAUGAGGAGAAGAGCGCCAUGGAGGAGCAACAUGCCAAGGAGAAGCAGUUGCAAGAAGAAAUGAUGCGCAACCCGAACGGUGCAGGCGCUGAAGAAGAACCCAAGAAUGAAAAGGGCAAGGCCAAAGGCAAAUCACGCAACAGCAAGAAGCAAGCUGCUCUGAAUGCCGCUGGUGGGACUGAGGAAGUCCUGGGAUCCAUCGACGAGAUUCCAGCAUUCUGA